UAAAGGUUUUGAAACAUCUUGACUGUGAAAUAGAGAUAAGAACUGGAGUAGACACAAACAGUGUAGGCGUCACUCCCAUUUUUUGCAACUCCCACCCUCCUGCAAAAAUAGCACAGUCAGCAGCAUGCCACCCUGUGCAAUCCGCACGGACGUGGCAGCGGUGGGACUGGGUGCCUGGAUGUCCGCAGACCGAAAUGUACUCAUGCAGGAGCAGAGCAGGAACACGGGGCAUUUGCAGAGAUGCUGAACACUUUGUGGUCCCUUAAAAUCAAAGAGAGAGAGAGAGAGGAUCUGCCUUAAAACAAACAAACAAACAAACACAGAUUAAUUAAUUUUAAAUGUUGUAGAAAAGUAUAAGUAGUAGUAUCCAAAGUGUGGCAAAAAUACCAUGUGCUGGGCUAGAGCACUUCCCAUCAAGAAAGAGCAGAGGUAUCUCUGCAUUGACUCAGUUUCUGUUUCCGAAUUGCAUCUCACAUGACGCACCUAGCCUCCAAACCACACCUACCCCAUAAUUCAUAAGUGUCCUUAAUUCUUUUGCAAGCAGUUUCUAAAUCUGAAUUAAAAAAAAAAAAAAAAAAAAAGAAAGAAAAAAAGAAAACAAACAACGUUAAUGAUGCACGGAGCAGUUGCAGAAAUCAGAUAAGCUGUGUCCCUGCUGCCACCCGCCAACUGGGAAUGUUGUGCAAGGCUGGGAGAGCAUCGCCCAGCGUGGGCUGGGGGAGCGGGGUUUGGGGAGAGACUUACAGCCGGGGAAGGGACUCACAGACGGUGGUGGCAGCUUUCGACAGGGGCAAACGUUGAGUCCCUGCAGCAGCACCCUGGGACACAGCAAGGACAGACACCAGCCCCUUCCGCCACCCACCCAUGGCCACCGGCAAGGACGGCAAUGACACCAUCACCGCCGAGGUCUGCAAUGAAGCCGACAUCGGGGAUGGAGAGCUCUGCGAGGUGAUGGUGGCUGGCCACCCGGUGCUGCUGGUGAGGAACAAGAAGGAGUUCAGCGCCCUGGGCAGUAGGUGCCCACAUUACGGUGCCCCGCUCAGCAAAGGGGUCUUGAGGGGGCACAGGCUGCGCUGCCCCUGGCAUGGAGCCUGCUUUAACAUCAAAACAGGAGAUAUUGAGGAAUACCCUUCUCUGGACUGUCUUCCCUGCUUUAAGGUAACAGUGGAACAAGGAAAGGUGUUUGUUACAGCAAAAAAGAAGGAUCUUGAAAGCAGCGUGAGGGUGAAGGACACAAGCAAACGGUGUCUUCUCAACCCGAACACAGUGCUGCUCCUUGGGGGAGGUGUGGCUGCCCUGGUCUGUGCAGAGACACUUCGCCAAGAGGGCUUUACUGGCAGGAUCAUCAUGGCCACCAAAGAGAAACAUGCUCCAUAUGACAAGUCCAAACUGAUCAAGGAAAUGACCAUGAAAGCUGAGGACCUCUACCUGAGGAAACCUGAAUUCCUCAGUGCUCGCGACAUAGAGCUCUGGACAGAGAAAGAGGCAGUGUCGGUGGAUUUCCAGAAGCAGAAGGUCCACUUCAAGGAUGGGUCUUCUCAGAAGUACAAUCAGCUGCUCAUUGCAACAGGCAGCCACUCCAGCUCCCUCAAAGUCCCAGGCGCAGACCUGCAGAACGUAUGUCAUCUCCAAACCCCAGAAGACUCUAGCAAGAUCUUAGAGCUGGCAGCUGGGAGGAACGUGGUGGUCGUAGGAGCUUCAUUCAUAGGAAUGGAGGCAGCCGCCUUCCUCUCAGACAAGGCUGCUGCUGUCUCAGUGGUGGAAAAAGAUGAGUUCCCUUUCCAGAAAACGCUGGGUCCUCAGGUCGGAGGCGUUUGCAUGAAGAUGCUGCAAAAUAACGGGGUGAAGUUUUACACGAAAACAGAACUCUGUGAGCUGAAAGGGAAGGAUGGAAAGGUCACAGAGGCCAUUAUUGCCAGUGGAAAAAAAAUACCUGCAGAUGUGGUGGUGCUGGGAAUAGGGGCGUUGCCCAGCUCUGAGUUUCUGAAGGGCACCUCCAUCGCCAGAGACAGCAGCGGUGCCAUCCUGGUGGAUCUGUGCAUGCAAACCAACAUCCCCAACGUGUUUGCUGCGGGGGAUGUGGUCUCCUUUCCUGUAGCGCUGCUCGACGGGGAGCGUUCCAGCAUCCACCACCAACAGGUGGCCGAGGCUCACGGUUCCAUUGCUGCCCUUAACAUGCUGAAGAAACAGAAGGCGUUGCACACUGUCCCCUUCUUCUGGACCACAAUGCUUGGGAAAAGCAUCCACUACGCAGGCUGCGGGAAGGGAUUCACAGACACCGUCGUGAAGGGCAGCUUGGAGCAGCAGAAGUUCCUGAUUUUUUACAUCAGGGAUGGUUUCGUGACCGCAGCUGCCAGCCUGAACUGUGACCCCAUGGUGUCUCUGAUUGCAGAAGUUUUGUACUCAGGGAAACGAAUCUCUAAAGAAGAAGCAGAGUAA